AUGGGUGAAAUGGAUUGAAACUUUGGUGAAAACUGAAAACUAUGGUGAAACUCUGAUGUUUUUUCAGAUUCACAACUUCUGUAUCAAUCAUGGGUGUAACGUGUAGCCAACCUGGGUAUGCGCCAAGGCUUUAAGAAAAAACGUAAUCAGCGUCCCGCAUAUGACACAACUUGUCUGGGCACACGUUUUUUGUUGCCAAGUUUGGGAUGCAGCAAAUCAAUCUAGCGGAUCCUGCAUGAUCCUGCUCCGCAACUAGGGUUACUUCGAGUUUUUCUAAAGCACAUCCUCUAGUGCUGGAAUAGAAAACUGGAGUUAUUGGAUGCUCAUGGAACAUGCGUUUCGAUAUCCGAUAUCACUUCGAUAUCGUUUCGAUAUGCUAUGGUCCGCUGUGCCCCAAUCUUUUUGGCUCAGGGCUUGAAUGGCUAAGAAGGUGAUCUAUUUCAAUAUAAAAGGCAAUGGCUCAGCUCCAGUGGCAUGGCCCGGCCACUUGGAGCAUGGCAAGAUGUGCAAGGUGGUUUGGCAUCAUGGCCUUUGCGCUCGUGGUGCUGGGACUGGUGGCCAACAGUCAGGUUCCCUUUGAGACAGAUUUGAAUGCUCCAAAAGCGAACCCAGCUUGGCUGGAGAUGGUGAGGAACCAGACAGAGCGAAGCGGGCGAAGCGGCAGCUGUGGCCCAUCCUUUUGCUUCAGCUCUGGGUCUCAAAACUGUUUCCAGAACCAUCGAGCUCCAGUGUGUUUGAAAGCCAUCUAUUUUUGCAUCGAGUAUGUCAUGACCGGACCUGCUGAACCGCAACUCUGCCGGAGGGAGACGGAUGCGGCGGAUGCGCCGGCUGGACCCUGGAAUCGGCUCAUUGAUGUGUCCUCCUUGCCCCAGAUGCCUUCCCUGCUGAUUGCUGGGCUGGUGGCGGGGCUGGUGGCUUUGGGAGCUUUGCUCAUGGUCAAGCCGUUUUACGUGUGCAUGAGGUCACAGGUGCCGGAAGUUCAACAUCCUCUACUCCAGAGCAGAGACGAGUUUGAAGACCGUUUAGUGACCAUUGUGUGAGUGUCAAUUUUUCGCCCCAGCAUGUCCAGAUAGAAAAAAAACUUAAAAUGUGAUGAAAUGUAAAAGUCCAACCAAUUUUGCCUGAACAAUUCUUUGGCGACCCCUGUUGCUCACAGUUUCACCCAAACAUCACGGCCCGAAAAAAG